AUGGCCACAACGUUUGAGAGAACGGCCUCGGGUGCCAUAAUCUACAAAGCAGCGAAACCCCGGACGUACCCACAGUUAGACCUGCUGACACUUCUUUUCCGCUCGAAGUUGUGUGCGGCAAAGGAAGACACAAAGAUCCACGUCGAUGCUGUGAAUCCGAGCAAAGCAAUCACCAAAGCCCAGCAGCGGCAGCUCGUCAAAAGCACCGCUUACACGCUGCGGCACAGGUACGGCAUUGGCCAGAGCGGCCCCGACAAUGAUGUGGUGCUCUGCAUUUCGUCCGGGCACUGGCUGCUGCCAACGCUCUUCUACUCGACUAUCGCGGCCGGGGGCGUCUUCACGUCGUCCAACCCGGGGUCCACGGCCCGGGAGCUCGCCGAGAACAUGGCCCAGGUCGACGCCAAGCUGAUGUUCUGCAACGAAGACACCAAGGCCGUUGCCAUCGCCGGGGCCAAACUCGCCGGCCUCCCCCUGUCGCGCGUGCUCGUGCUCGGGUCGGGGCCGACGUUCGAGCUGUCGGAGCAGGAGAACGGAGGCGCCGCCCACAUGUCCCCGGCCAACAGCCUCGAGUGGGAGCGCAUCACGGACCGCUCGGCCCUCGAGAACAGCAUCAUCUGCAUCCUGUUCUCGAGCGGCACGACGGGCAAGCCCAAGGUGUGCCGGCUAUCGCACGCCAACAUAGUCAGCGAGGCAACACUAGUCAUCGACGUGCACCGCGACGUGUACCGGCGGCGGGGGUGCGAGUUCGUAUACAACACGCUAGCGCACCUACCGACGGCGCACAUCGCCGGCGUCCAGGGCUACUUUGUCAACCCGUUUUAUGCGGGCGACACGCUGUUCUGGAUGGCGCGCUUCGACUUUGCCGAGUUCCUCGCGCACGCCAAGCGGCACCCGAUCACGUCCUUCUUUUCCGUGCCGCCCGUCUUCCUGCUCAUCGCCAAGAGCCCGCUGGUCACAGACCAGCUCGACGCCAUCGAGUCGGCCGUGUCGGGCGCCGCGCCCAUGGGCAGGGACCUACAGGCCGCCGCGCGCGCGAAGCUGGGCCACGGCCGUGCGCAUCUGAGCCAGACGUGGGGCAUCAGCGAGACGACGGGGUCUAUGACCAUGCGCCCACUCGACGCCCCCGACGACGCGACGGGUAGCGUGUCCAUGCUGCUCAGCAACUGCGAGGCGCGCGUCGUCGACGACGGCAGCCGCGACGUCGAGCCGGGCAGCCCCGGCGAGAUCUGUGUCAAGGGGCCGCAGGUGACCAAGGGGUAUUUCAAGAACGACGCGGCCAACCGGGACGCUUCGUCAUCGGCGACAUCUUCGUGGCCAAGGAGCGCGGCCUGGCCAUCAUGGUCUUCACCUCGGCCCCUUCUCUCGGCCCGACGCUAG